AUGUCUCAAGAAUUACCUGGUUUAUUAGCCGAGCAAGAAAAUAUUUGUGGCCUAAUUCUCAAAGCGCAAGCGAACUUCAAGAAAACACCAAAAGCGAGAUUAACAAGAGGAUACAUCAAGACAAGAAAAGAAUCCAUAGAACAAUAUUUUAGUCAGUUCGUAGAAAACAAUCGAGCCUUGAUAAAAAUAUCUACACCGUCAGACAAAGCGAAGUACGAGUAUUUCAAAGACGAUCUAUAUUCAGCGUGCGAAGAAAUGUUUCUAGAUUUGAAAGCAGAGAUGACAGAUAUGCUUGAGAGUUCGACGACGGGUGGUACGAGUACAAGCAGCACUAAUCCAACACCAAGCACAAGCAGGGAUGACGUGAAGCUACCGAAAAUAGAUAUAGCGAAGUUUACCGGUAACUACCAAGAUUGGACUUCGUUUUACGACAUGUUUACAUCACUCAUCCACAACAAAGAGAACUUGAGCAGCGUCCAAAAGAUGCACUAUUUAAAAAGCUACUUGUCUGGAGAACCUGCUCAACUGUUGGAUCACCUAGCCGUCACUGAAACAAACUACGAAUUGGCAUGGCUCACGCUGCAGAACAGGUACAACAACAAGAGAGUUAUAGUUAAUUCCAUCUUAAGCAAGUUAAUGAAUCAAAAGAAAAUUCACACAGGCACUGCUAAAGCGAUUCGAGAGAUAUUAGAUACAACUAUGGAGUGCCUUAACAAGCUGAAAGUACAAAACAUCAAUACAAGUUCAUGUGAUACACUUAUUAUACACAUCAUUGUUGAGAAGUUAGAAACCGAGACACAUAAAGAGUGGGAGGAAGAAGCAAGUAACCUGAACCUCACAGAGUUACCUACAAUGGUCAUGUUCAACAAGUUCUUAGAAAAGAGAUUCCGAGUUUUAGAGAUGAUGCAACCUAGCCAAACAACGAACAUGAACAUGAAGAGUACCUACCGAAGCACCCAGAGAGAACCUAACGUCACUGUCGUGUCUAAGUCAUUUCACGUGUCACCAGCUAUCAAGUGUGGUUUUUGCAAGCUAAACCAUCAUUUGAACCAAUGUAAAGAGUUUCAAGAGCUAACACUAGAAAAGAAAACAGAGUUCAUUCAAAACCAACAACUCUGCUUUAACUGCCUAAUCCAUGGUCAUGCUGUCCGCUUCUGUAAGAGCAAGUUUUCAUGUCAAAAGUGCGGAAGAAGACAUCACACACUGUUGCACAAUAAUACAUACCAAUCCAAAGAGAAAGAGCACAAAGAAGAAACAAAACAAGAGAGAGAACCCAAAGAUUUCAAGCGAGAGAGAGAAACUAAACUAGAACCCAAGCAAGACAUGAAGAAUAAGAGAGAGAUAGUUGCCCACCUAACAACAGGAAGCAUGACAGGAUUAUUAUCUACAGCACAAAUUAACGUGACGAACCAUCAAGGAAGAGAAUUCGUUUUAAGAGCCUUGUUGGAUCCAUGUUCUCAAGAGUCUUUCCUGAACGAGUCUGCAGCCCAAACUAUGGGGCUUAAGAGAAAACGCGUAAACGGAAACGUAUCAGGUCUUGAUCAGAUGAGCACACCCAUCCGAUUUGCUGCAGAUAUCGAGAUUUCAUCACGUCAUAAUCCUGAAAAGAAAAUGAGUUUAACAACCUACAUAGUAAAGCGAGUAACAAACAUCAUGCCUUCAGAGAAACUUACCAUCGACAACUGGGUUCACCUAAAAGACUUACAACUAGCUGAUCCGACUUACCACCAGCCAAGUUCUAUAGAUAUUCUAUUGGGAGUAGAAGUUUACAACGAGAUGAUACAGCCUGGUCUGAUCAAAGGCGUUCCAGGCUCUCCCAUAGCUUUACAAACACAUUUGGGUUGGAUAAUAUCAGGAAAAGUCACAGUCGGAACAGAACAAGAGCGAGAAGAGAAACCAUUCAUUAGCAUGCAUUUAAAUGUCGAGUUGAACCAUAUGCUAAAGAGAUUCUGGGAGCUAGAGACAAUAGAUGAAGAAAAACACAAGCUAACAGCAGAAGAGAUCAAAGUAGAAGAAAUAUACGAAAAAACUACCACUAGAGACGAAGACGGACGUUACAUAGUAGAUCUGCCAAUGAGACAUGACCCACCAGUUCUACCAUCUAACAGCCGAGAGAUUGCACUGAAACGCUGGAAGUCUACAGAGAACAGACUUAAGAGUAAACCACACCUAUUAGAAGAAUACAACAAAGUUCUAGAAGAGUACAUAACGCUAAACCACAUGAAGAAAAUAGAAAACAAAGAUGAAGAUAAUGGUGUGUGGCUAGCUCAAUUUGCUGUGAUUAAAUGGAAGCCUUUUGUAAAGAAUAGAGUCUUAGAAAUCACAGAGAUACUCGAUGCUAAUCACUGGUUCUACGUAAACACUAAGCAGAACCCUGCUGAUCCUGCUUCAAGAGGAGUGAUGCCUUCAAAACUUAUGUCCACAGAGAUAUGGUGGAACGGACCUGAAAUGCUGAAAGAGAAAGAAAUAAGAUUAGAAAAAGGAACUCCACUAGACACAGCAAUAGAAAAGAGAAAGAAUAUAGUAACGAUGGUAGUAACCAAUGAGAAUGAGGAACAACUUACCUUAUUGAAGAAGUUUUCAUCACUGGAGAAACUUACCCGUGUUAUUGCAUACUGCAGACGCUGGCUGAAAAUUAUAGAUAGAGAGAAAAGUAACUUACCUUCUUACCUGACGUACGAAGAAAGAAACGAUGCACUUACAAUAUGUAUAAGGAUGUCACAAGAAGUGGAAUUUUCAGAAGAGAUAGAAGACCUGAAAGGAAACAGAAACUUAAAACCUAAGAGUAACCUACUAGCUCUAUCCCCUUUCCUUGACGACAAGAAUGUUCUAAGAGUCGGUGGUCGAUUGAAGCACGCAGAUAUGGAAUUCAUACGAAAACACCCGAUCAUCAUUUCAAAGAACAAUGUAUUACUACCGUUAAUAUUGAGAGAAGCUCAUGCCAAAACACUACACGGCCCUCCGCAAAUGAUGAUUACAUACUUACGAGGCAAAUAUUGGCUGAUUAACGCAGCAAGCCGCGUUAAGCGUUUUGUGCGGGAGUGCGUUACAUGUAUAAGACAGAAUGCGAAGAACAGAGAACAAAAGAUGGGAGAUUUACCUGAUUCUAGAGUCAAGCCAUGUAGACCAUUCUUGGUCACCGGAACGGACUUUGCGGGACCAAUACAUGUCAGAAUGAGCAAGGGUAGAGGUGCCAAAUCCUACAAGGCCUACAUAUGUUUAUUCGUUUGUAUGUGCACGAAGGCACUACAUAUAGAGGUUGUAAGUGACAUGACGACACAAGCCUUUCUGGCAGCAUUUAAAAGAUUCGUUUCAAGGCGAGGCCAUGUGGCAGAAAUGUGGAGUGAUCACGGAACUUCAUUCAUUGGCACUGAGAAAGAGUUACUAGAGAUGUGGAGUCAAGGGAAAUCCAGUGUACCAGAUGAGUUUAUUUCGAUGCUAGAUAGAGAAGGGACGAAAUGA